UGUAACUCAAUAUCCAUUGAUUAAAAUAUUCCUUAGCAGUGAUUGGUCAACAUUUGUACCCAUCCCCCACAUCCUAACACAAACAAAUUUCUUAGGAGCAGCCUUUCUCUUGUGGUUAUUGUGGGCAUAUCAUUUUAUGGAAAAUUAAGCAUUAUAGUAAUGAUUUAGCUUCAAAAGCAAGCAAAUGAAUAAGCAAAAUGUGAUUGCUACUUGUUUAAGCUGUGAAAGGUAUAAGAAGAAGAAGAAAACCAGCAGAACUUGAGCAUUCAGCAUUUCUUCACUACAUCAGUACAAUAAGUCUAUUAACAGUGAAAUCUUCACUGCACCAGAGUAAAGCAUUGCUUCAUUGUCACCACACACUAUUGUGACAUAUUGUGUGUGCAUCAUUGUCGCAGUGUGACGAGUGUCUCUUACUGGGAUGGAGUACGCUGUGAACUCACUGCGAGUACUGUCUUCGAAAUCUAUAUCCAGGUGCGUGACUGCCAGUGCGUCUGUGACGCAGCACUUUUUACAUGGAACUUCCAUGAAACCAAGACCCUUUCGUGUCUGCAACUGGGACCAAAGCCUGAAGAAGGGCAUCAUGGGAGCUACCCUAGAAGACCUGCUGGAAAAGGUUCAAGACUCCCUUCUAGUUACAUCUCCUAUAACUCUGGUUCUUGCUGAAGAUGGCACAGUUGUGGAUACAGAGGAUUUCUUUCAGACACUGGAUGAAAACACGGUUUUCAUGGUGCUGGAGAAGGGUCAGAAAUGGAAACCCCCAAGGGAUGGAUCUUAUCAGCUCUAUCUCCAUUCUGCAACAAAACCUAGAACUAUGGAUGUUGCCAGGAUCACCUUUGACCUUUACAAAACAAAUCCUAGAGAUUUUAUUGGCUGCUUAAAUGUGAAAGCUACCUUGUAUGGCAUGUACUCUGUAUCCUAUGAACUCAAGUGCAAUGGAGCAAAGAGAUUUGUAAAGGAAGCAGCACGGUGGACACUUUUUACAAUGCAGGCAAUGGGUCAUGCACUUCUGGGAACGUCCUAUUACAUGCAACAACUGCUUGAUGAGGAAGAGUCAUCAGACACCUCAGCAAAAUGUCAGAGAGACUUCUUGCCAGAUUUUGCUGCCAUCGGCAGUGGCAGAGCCAUAUAGUUGUUCUCCUGAGGUGUCUGGAGGAAUGUGAAGGGCACAGAACUGGAGUAAUAAAAUGUUCACUAGCACCACAAUGUGUAUUACUACAACAAUGCUGCUUUCAUGGUUUGCACAAACUAAACUAUUGCUGAAAGUAUGCUUUUUGAACACUAUUCUGUCCAUUUUGUUUUUCAUUUGAAUGUUUGUAAAUGUUACUUCUCCUUUCCAUGGUAUCUAUGAAUAAGUCAAGUUCUGCCACAUUUCAUGGUGAAUUAAGCAGAUGUAGGCCUGGUGAUUGCUGUGUGCAAUUGGCAGAGGGACUUGAGCAGUCUCUCUACUGUGCUGAAUGUGUUCCUGUUGGUGUGAGUCAGCUGACUUCAUCAGCCCUGGAAUGCCACACUCCUGCUGUUCUCAAAUCUCUUAAAUGUCUUUGUCACAGGACCUUUGUACAACUAGUAAUACCCGUCAGAAGUCAUCGUCCUCGUGGAAGCAGUGAUAUCAGUAAUGGGUCAGAAUCCUUGUAUAACCAGUGAUAUCUGUGAUUUCCACAGUUUGUGACCAGUUUAAGCCAUCUAGUAGCUGUUUUUGAGCUUUGGUGAAUGAAUCAUCAUCAUGUGAGGACCCUGGUUUAUUACCAAAGCCUGGUGGCUAAAAACAGUAAUCUGACUUGAGUUUUAAUGCCAAUAGUAAACUUUAUCUUAAUGCAUUGUGUCUCAGACCAAUCACCUGCUUUACACUAAGCACCAGUAUUGGAAAUUAAAACCUGAUUUCUGAUUCAACGUUAACUGAAAUUUGCUGUUGCACUAAGAAUUGAUCAGCAAUUUGCCACUAUAUGGUUCAGUUUUUAUUUCAAAAACAUUCAGAAAGAUCAGUGCUGUUGUGUACAAAACAGCCAUGUAGACCUCACUAGCUUCAUGGCAAAAGAGCACUGUGCCAUUCUAACAUUCAGAUGUUAUGUGUGGAAGUGAUCCCAGGGCUCCAUGAAACAUUGCAUCUGAUGCUUUUUCCAUAUAGCACUGCACACACAAGGAGCUAUUGAACACAACUCUGUUGGCCAAAUUCUUUGAAGAAAGCCAUCUACAAUCGGUUGAAAUACUGUGCUGAGAAAUGAGUGUUUUGUGCGACAUAAUGGCUUUGCAGGCUUUAGUCACAGCACUGGGAAAAGCACAGUGGUAUUUCCUCUCCUGUUCAGUGGGACAAGUUUUAGCAACUGAACAUAUUUUUAAUUUUUAGCUGUAAUGCUGGGAAUUGAACCAUGUUCUCUUGUUACACAGCUGAGGUUACCCACAUGAAGCCAGGGUGCAGUUGCUUAAAUAAAUAAUGGAUUGUUGCAGUGCAGUUUUUGAUGUAUGUCACCUUUAGAGAACAGUUAGCUGGUGUCUUUCACCAUGGGAUAAAACAGCUGCACCACUGUGCUGGAAGUAAUACCCUACUAUGUUCAUGUGUGAAAUCUAUAGCAAUCACUGGUUCUGUGCUCAAACGCAGCUACAGAAACAGCUGUGUCAUGUUGCAUUGUUAUAAAACAAAGACAGUAAACUGCAAAACUUGCCUUAGGAGGGCUGUAGAAGAGAUGGCCCUCUGUUUUCAGUGGAACAGAUCCUUUUUGUGUAACUUUCGUAUUUAUGUAUCUUUCAUAUCUCUUAUUUUCUAUCUUUGUUCACAUCAUUUUAAAGGUGCAAUUUUAUUUAUUUAUUUAUGAUAAUCUAAUACAAAGUAUAUUUCAUUUUGCUUGUGAAAUCUGGAAAUUUCUUCUAGACAGGCUGUAAUAGCUUGCAGUAGCACCUUGAUUAGUGGAGCAUGGUGGGAGGGGGACAUCUGAGACUAUAAUGACACAUUUAUUCCAUACAUCAACACUCCACAGUGAAAUGAUUUACAUUAUGUUGGUAAAGAUACACUGGGUGUUUUAUAGUUAAAAUUAUUAGCCAUAGCAUCUUUGUGAGGAGGUGUGCCUGCAGCCCCUAAGAGUGAUGCCAUACAAUAAUGCACAUGCCUGGUGGGACUCCAUGUCUGUUACUGUAUGCAGUCAAGCAAAAGCAUUCAGUAAAAAUGUCUGAUAUUGCAAGCAGUUACACAGGCUGCAGCUACACAGGGGAUCUGCAGCUAGUGCAAGUACUUGUAACUCAGUGGUAUUUUAUACUUCAUAUGGUACUGCAGUAAAAAGAGGGGAGCUGCAGCUAGUGCAAGUACUUGUAACUCAGUGGUAUUUUAUACUUCAUAUGGUACUGCAGU